CUUAGGGAAGAUUGUGGUUGAUAAGGGAGGGAAAAUGGCGGCUUUCUAUAAUAGAAGUUUAUUAAGGAGGAGGAGAAUAGAUUCCCGGGCUGGUAACCCGCGGAUUUUGUAAUCAGAGAGUAAGAGAAAAAGGAAGAGAGCAGAGUUGUAUACAAUGGACAAGAAGCAACUGAAUCCACCAUCUUUAUUUUUGUCUUCAAAACCCACAGGUCACACUGGGCUUAUACCGCCUUCUCAUUUCGAGACUAGACGUCGCAUGCCUUUGCCUCCCUCGCCUGUACCUGUUCCACCCACUCCUACAUUUACUGAGCCUUGGGCAGACCUAGCGAGGGAGCUGGAUCAACUGAGAAAGGAAAAUGAAGAACUAAAGAAGAAACAGACUAGAGGCGAAGGUAUCAGAGCCAGGUCUCUGGAGCGACAGCCCUCAGCGGUUCCGCACUCUGAAUCUCAGGCGCUAGAAAUCAUUGCUCACCAGAUGCGGGAAAUCCGAAGUUUGGAGUUAGCAGUGGCCGAUGUACAGGAAAAGGAGGAGGUGGUACAGAGGCUGACAGGGGAACUCCAAGAGCUGAGACGCACACAGAGAGAAUGUCAGUUAACAGAAGAGAAGAAGAGACGGGCAGAGGAAUCUGCUGUUAGACAGCAACAAGAGGAGCUGAUGAUGAGGUCAGAAAGCUACAAAAUGGAGUCAGAGACGCUAAGGAAAAGAGCGCAGUUACUGGAAGUUGAGCUAAGGGAGGAGAGAGAGCAACGCACACAGGAAGUGGCUCGUCUGAGGGAGGAUCUUCAGGCAGCCAAUCAAGAGGGAGAAACCCUAAAGGAGCAGCUAAGUAAAUCUCUUCUAGAGCUCGACUCCCAGCAUUCCCUUGUGCAGCAACUAAGGACGUACAUUGGCGAGUUGGUCCCAGAUAAUCGGCGACUGGAGGAGCAAAAAAAGGAAAAACUGGAGCUUCAGAAUACGAUACAGGCACUAGAGAGGGAGCGUGAAACUCUUCAGACGUCCAUCUCUCUCCUCAACACCCGCCUGUCCUCCCUCACAAAUAUCCUGUCCUUACAGGAGGGAGAGCUGUGUAAAAAGCACUCAGUCUUUUUGGUUAUGAGUUUUUCAGCAUGGCACAUCUUGACUUGGCAAGGUUCGCCCACUCUUCUUUGCAAAAACCCUCUAUAUCUGUCAGAUUGUGAGGGCAUCUCCUGUGCACAGCUCUCUUCAGAUCACCCCACAGAUUUUCGAUCAGAUUCAGGUCUGGGCUCUGACUGGGCCAUCACAAAACUUUAAUCUUCUUCUGGUGAAGCCAUUCCUUUGUUGAUUUGGAUGUAUGCUUUGGGUCAUUGUCAUGAUGAAAGAUGAAGUUCCUCUUCAUGUUCAGCUUUCUAGCAGAAGCCUGAAGGUUUUGUGCCAAUAUUGACUGGUAUUUGGAACUGUUCAUAAUUCCCUCUACCUUGACUAAGGCCCCAGUUCCAGCUGAAGAAAAACAGCCCAAAAGCAUGAUGCUGCCACCACCAUGCUUCACUGUGGGUAUGGUGUUCUUUUGGUGAUAUGCAGUGUUGUUUUUGCGCCAAACAUAUCUUUUGGAAUUAUGGACAAAAAGUUCAACUUUGGUCUCAUCAGACCAGAACACCUUUUGCAACAUGCUUUUGGGAAACUUCAGAUGUGUUUUUGCAAAAUUUAACCGGCUUGAAUGUUUGUUUUUUAAGAAAAGUCUUCCGUCUUGCCACUCUACCCCAUAGCCCAGACAUAUGAAGAAUACGGGCGAUUGUUGUCACAUGUACUACACAGCCAGUACUUGACAGAUAUUCCUGCAGCUCCUUUAAUGUUGUUGUAGGCCUCUUGGCAGCCUCCCAGACCAGUUUUCUUCUCGUCUUUUCAUCAAUUUUGAAGGGACGUCCAGUUCUUGGUAAUGUCACUGUUGCACCAUAUUUUCUUCACUUGAUGAUGACCGUCUUCACUGUGUUCCAUGGUAUAUCUAAUGCCUUGGAAAUUCUUUUGUACCCUUCUCCUGACUGAUACCUUUUAACAAUGAGAUCCCUCUGAUGCUUUAGAAGCUUUCUGCGGAUCAUGGCUUUUGCUGUAGGAUGCGACUAACAAAAUGUCGGGGAAGACCUACUAGAACAGCUGAACUUUAUUUGGGGUUAAUCAGAGGCACUUUAAAUGAUGGCAGGUGUAUAGUGACUCCUAUUUAACAUGAUUUUAAAUGUGAUUGCUUAAAGGGACAGUAAACACCAGCAUUUUUGUUGUUUAAAAAGGUAGGUAAUCCCUUUAUUACCCAUUCCCCAAUUUUGCAUAACCAACACAGUUAUAAUAAUAUACUUUUUACCUCUGUGAUUACCUUGUAUCUAAGCCUCUGCAGACUGCCCCCUUAUUUCAGUUCUUUUGACAGACUUGCAUUUUUAGCCAAUCAGUGCUUGCUCUUAGGAGCUUCACGUGCCAGAGCUCAAUGUUAUCUAUAUGAAACACAUGAACUAACGCCCUCUAGUGGUGAAAAACUGUCAAAAUGCUUUCCGAUUAGAGGCAGUCUUCAAGGUCUAAGAAAUUAGCACAUGGACCUCCUAGAUUUAGCUUUCAACUAAGAAUACCAAGAGAACAAAGCACAAUUGGUAAUAACAGUAAAUUGGAAAGUUGUUUAAAAUUACAUGCCCUAUUUAAAUCAUGAAAGAUUUUUUGUGACUUUACUGUCCCUUUAAUUCUGAACGCAGCUACAUCCCCAGUUUUAUAAAAGGGUGUUCACACUUAUGCAACCAUAUUAUUUUAUUUUUUUAUUUCCCUUUACCUAAAAGAUUUCAGUUUGUUUUUCAAUUGAGUUGUACAGUUUAUAGGUCACAUUAAAGGUGGAAAAAGUUCUGAAA